CAUCAUGGCGGACAUUAAGGACGCAGACCUGACCAUCAGCGGAAAAAGAAUCGAUGCGCUGAGAGUCAUUGACCUCAAGGCAGAGCUGAAAAAGCGUGGGUUGUCCAACAGUGGUACCAAGAGUCAACUUAUAAAACGUUUGAAAACUCAAGUGACACUGGAGAAAAUGCAAGAGAAUUCACAGUCAGAUAUUUUACCAAGUGAAAAAAUUGCUGCAGAUGAAACUGUGGGCUCCAAUGCUUUUAUUCAACAGUAUAUGAAGCAACAACAAGCAUUGCUAGCUCAACGAGAGUCUUUACAAGCUGCCGCUGCAGCACACCAGGCUGAGAUCCAAGAAGAAAAAGAGGAAGAAGCCACGAAACAGCGAAGACAGUCAGAAAGUGAAAAGGAGUCAUUGGGUGCUGGUAUCCCUACUGCUCUCGCUGACCAGGUUGAAGAAUUGAAUCAGUCACUGAGCAAACAAAAAUCUGAUGAAAGUGAUACAACAGAAGAAGAGAAUGGGGCUGUCACAGAAGAGAUUAAAGUGGAAGUUAGAUCCAGAAAGAAAGAUGUUGUAGAAAAACAAGAUGAUGGGAAAUCUGAGGAGAGAGAGGCUCUUGAAAGUAGACAGCAUGGUAAAGGUGACAGUAAGGGAGAAAAUGCAGAGGUGUUGGAAUCAGCAACUGCAGAUGUACAGGAGGAGAGUUCAAAGGUCAUUGAGAAGCCAUGUGACACAAAGAACGAAGAGGAACAAGCAGAGGUAAAAAUUCCCAAAACUAAAGAUGACAAAAAAGGAAAAAUUGACACUGAGACAACUGAGGAGGCAAAAGGAGGUAAGAAAAUUGAGGUGAAAAGUGAUCGUAACGAAAAACCUGAUCUACCAGAAAAGGUUGAAGAACUAGAAAAAGAAGUAGAAGAUGAAGCUAAGAAGAAAACCGACAAGAAAUUCUCUGAAGUGGAUGUACAUAGUGGUGAUGAGAAAAUGGUGAAGGAAGGUGAAGAUGGUAAGGAGGAGUCCAGGGAAGCAAAAAGAGAAAUCAGAUCUCCAUCAGACAGCUCAUCCGAUUCAUCUUCCUCCUCUUCUUCUUCCUCCUCUUCAUCUGAUGAAGAUGAAGAAGAUGGUCAGAGAAUGUCGUCAAAUGUGAAAUCUGUAGAUCCCCAAGAGAGCAGCAGUGAGAGUCCUAGCCAGUCACCAAUUCAUGUAAAAGAAGAUCCAAGAGAUGAGAGUUACCACACCGCACCUGAAGCUGAGAUGUCCAUGGAAGAAAGGCCACAAGCUGACCAACCAAGUGAACCAAUUAAACAGAAGAUAACAAAGGAUAAAAAAAGCCGAUGGGACAGCCGGCAAGGAGAAGACAGAGAUGAUGAGCCAGUCAUUAUGGAUACAGAAGAAGGCAAAUCGAAUGACAAUGAUGCAGAGUCUGAGCUAGAGGAGAAAAUUGUGAAAAGUGAAGAGCAGGAAGUGGAGACGACAGUGGAAAGAAAGAGAGCCAUCUCUCCUAGUAAACUGGCAAAGUCCAGAAAAAUUUCAAUUUCAUCUAAAAAAAAAUCUGAUAAGAAUGACUCGCCGGUAUCAACAGAGGGAAAGGCAGAACAACCUAGGAAAAGAAAAUGGGGAAGUGGAAGGAGUAAAACGACUGUGAGCAGUAAGAAACCAGCUAUGUCCAUCAGUACUGAUUCACUCAAAGGUAUCAUACCAGACAUCAAAGCAGCUCAGAUGGAGGCAGUCAUUGACUUAGCAGUAGAGGAAGAGGAAGAAGAAAGUCGUAUCUCAGACUCUGAAGAAAACCACAAGGAGGAAUCUCCUCCAUCCCCAGAGGAGAUCCCAAUCAGGAGGACAGUCACUCAGAUAGUGCCUGCACAGAAGCAAGAGAGUAUGGAAGAAGAGAAAGAAAAUAAGGAUGAGGGAAUGGAGGUGGAGGAUGCUGAUGCAGAUGCGGUUGUGAAAGAGGAGGAGGUGGAGAAGGAAGAUAAGAUGGAGGUAGAAAAUGAAAAAGAAGAUAUUGAGAAUAAAGAACCAGUGAAAACCAUUGAAGUUAGUGAAGAAAAAGAAGAGAAAGUUGUUGUAUCACCUCCAAAGAUUAUACGUAGACAGUUGUCCAAUCUGCCGGUAGACGAUCCCGUUAUCACCAGACGUUCACAGAGUCCUGCACGAAUGCCAGUCACUAAAAUAGUCCAUGUGAUGAAUCUCGUCCGUCCUUUCACCAUCAAUCAACUAAAGGAGCUUCUGAGUAGGUCUGGUACCAUCGUGGAAGAAGGCUUCUGGAUUGACAAAAUUAAAUCCCACUGUUUUGUAACUUAUUCAACAGAGGAAGAGGCGAUCAAAACAAGGGAUGCACUUCAUGGUACAAAAUGGCCUUCAAGUAAUCCGAAAAAUUUAAUUGUAGAAUAUGCCGUACAGGAGGAGAUUGACAGACAUAAGGGAGUUGCAAUAGCAAAGACAGAGGUUAAGGUAAAAAUGGAUAUACCGCCAAGAGAGAGAAGAGAUUCAUACAGAGAACGGGAAAAGGAGCGAAGGGAAAAGGAAAAGGAGCGGGACCGCGAGAGAGAAAAGGAAAGAGACCGGCGGAGAGACAGUUCGAGAGAGAAGAGACGCAGAGAACGAGACAGAGAAGAGAGAAAAGUGAAAGUUGAACCAGAAGAACCGCCUGCCAAACUUUUAGAUGAUCUGUUCAGAAAGACAAAAGCCACUCCUUGUAUAUAUUGGCUACCUCUCACAGAAGAACAGGCUGUAGUGAAAGAAAAAGAAAGACAGGAACGAAAAAAACAGAGAGAAGAGGCCGAUGCAAAGCUAGAGAAGGAGCGACAGAAACGAGAAGAAGAAAGGUGGCGUAAUGACAGACGAGGAAGAUCACGGUCGAGGAAUAGAGAUCAAAAUCGAAGUAGGCGUCGCUAACAAUUUUUCAGGUCGGGGGGUUGUGUUUAUCUUUGUACAGAAACGUUUGUGGGUGUCUUUAAGUGGUUGAGUGUUUGAAGGCACCCAACAUGUACAGAACUAGUCUUUGUAGUGAUUUUUACUUGAUAGAAUUUGUCUGGUUUCAUCUCCAUGUACAAACAUGAUUUACUUUGGUAUAUACUGUUUUUUAAGUCAAGUGUUUGUACCAUAUUUUGUAUUAAUUUGGGAUUGCAGGGAGGGAAACAAUUCAGUGGCAUUGUGGUACCAAACUUUGUUAUAGGGGAGGAAAAGGGGUGGGGGCUGAGUCGUGGGUAAUGCAGUUAUUUCUGUACCAGCGAAUGAGUUGAUGUCUUUCAGUAUUUAUUGCUUUAUUCCAUGAAAUAUCUAGUCUUUUCCAUUUUAACUGGGUACAUGGACAACGUCUGCAUUUUCUGAGGAACUCUGUUUAUGUGUUUUCUGGGUGGGGUCAGGUCAGCUCAAUACACAACCAUGUUACUUGUCUAUUUCAACUCCUCAACCCAGUUAUUGCC